GGCCAUUGAGGAAGGAGGAAACGAGCAGCUCUGGUCGUACGGGGGGCUUCCUGCACGACAUUAUAAAAGGGCUCCCUCCCUUCAGCCUCCACUCACUGCAUCGCUUGGAGCCAGUGGAGGCUGCGGGUGAGCCCCUGCUCCACGUCUUUGAUUGCGGACUGAACGCUGAGCCAAAGGGGGGUUUGACGUCCGCGUGGUGCACGUCAGUUCUCGUCCCUGCUGGUCGGGGUACGAGUAGGGAGCUGGUCUCACCUAACAGAUGUGUCUGGGACACUCCAGCCUAUUUAUUCUAUCAUUUACACACAGAAAAGCAUGAUGGAAGUAUUGGGAGGAUACAGGGGCGACAGAGAGCGGGAGCUGAGGGCCGAGGGAUACGUGAAGGAGUUCACUCGCCACUCCAACGACGUGCUGCUGAACCUGAACGAACUCCGGCACCGCAACAUCCUGACCGACGCCACCCUGGUUGUCGGGAACGCGCACCUACGGGCGCACUGCGCCGUGCUCGUGGCCUGCAGUGGCUUCUUCUACUCACUGUACCACCGCCACGUGUUGCUCCAGGGGCGUGGCGGCAGCGGGGGGCAGCUGAUGACUGUGUCCCUUCCCAACACCUUGGACCCAUCCAGCGUCUCCCUGCUGCUGGACUUCAUGUACACCGCCCGCCUCCCCCUGACGCCGGGCAUCGUCCCCGGGGUGCUCGCCGUCGCAGCCUACCUGCAGAUGGACCACGUGGCCGAUACCUGCCGGGAUUUCAUGCAUCUGCACUGCAGGGGGAAUACGAGUGCAAAACACCUGCGAUUGGAGCUGGACUCCGGUGUGUCUGUGGCCCCUGUAGCCCCUAAAGGAGCGGAUCUGCCUCCUCCAGGACCAAUGGCAGGGGCGACAAGGUUCCCAGCGGAGGGUGGGGGCUCUCUCAAGCAAGGGGCUUUCCCGUCCUGUCAGCCCGGGUCAAAGGGGCUGCGGGGAGGGCCAGAGUCGCCCCAGGUGGGCACCCCGACCCGGUCUCCAGACAGCCCCGCCCGCUCCAGCUGCCAACCGAACUCUCCAGCCGAGUCCAACACCUGCAACAAAAACCUCGUGAGCGAUCCCAAAGCCACACCAGACCCAAAGGCCUGCAACUGGAAGAAGUACAAGUACAUUGUCCUCAACCCUCUCUGCGCUGCGACCGCGGUGAAGGAGGAGGAGAUGGAGGAACCCCAGAGUCAAGCGUCACCCAUCACGGACGCGAUCGGCUUGACACCCACAGCACCAGCAGAGGCGUGGUCUGGAGAAGUGCCUGGUCAGAUUGAUAGACAGGGGCAGGCCUCCUGCUACGAGGGUUCUGGCCGAGCCCCUCCCCUCGGGCCACCCCCCUCUGUGGACCCCCCAAAAGCUCCCCCAGCUCAAAAGCAGGGAACAGGUUCGCCCUGCACCAUUCUCCCAAAACUGGAUCCCGCUGAUCCAGAAGCUGCCAAACACAGCCAACACGCAGUCAAGCAUGAGAACUACUAUGUGCCCUACUGUUAUUCUGGCAACCUGCAGGGCACCAAGUCUACCUGCUCAGGUGACAAGCCGUACCGCUGUAACGUGUGCGGUGCCCAGUUCAACCGACCAGCCAACCUGAAGACUCACUCCCGCAUUCACUCGGGAGAGAAACCGUACCGCUGCGACACCUGCGGCGCGCGAUUUGUUCAGGUGGCCCACCUCAGGGCGCACGUCCUGAUCCAUACGGGCGAGAAGCCUUACCCCUGUCACACCUGUGGCACCCGCUUCCGCCACCUGCAGACUCUGAAGAGCCACCUGCGCAUUCACACCGGCGAGAAGCCUUACAAUUGCGAGAAGUGCGACCUACACUUUCGCCACAAGAGCCAGCUGCGUCUUCACCUGCGCCAGAAACACGGGGCCGUCACCAACACCAAGAUCCGCUACAAGGUCCUGGCCGAGCCCUAUCAGCCUCUGCUGCAGGCCUGCUGAAGAGGAUGACCUGCGGCCCAUUAAACAGAUGUCAAUAUCUGAAUAAUAUCUGAAUCUGUAAGACAAUGUGAAAUCUGAGUGAAUGAAUUAACUUGUGAGUUGCCGGUGUUUCAGUGAGGUUCAGCGUUUAAAAAAAAAAUCUCAUUCCCCUUCUUUUUGAAUAUGAGGUGGUAAUUUAUACAUUAUCAUGCACUGGUUAGACGACCAGCUUGGAGUUCACGUGUAAAAUUAAACUGGAUUACAUUUGGAAGAGAGAAAAAAAGAAAAAAGAUUAACAUCAUCAUUUACAUGGAUGAGGUUUGGAGUUUUGGAAUAUGAAUCUUGUAGGUCAGUUGGGAGUCCUGGGAGGUUUUUUUUAAUGGAGAUCAUGUUAAUAAAAGUGUUUUUGAGGGUUCGAGAAUGGAGAGAGAGAGAUAAAUGGAAAGGAGAGGAUUGAUAGUUUAGUUUGUAGGUACACUGAAAUCGGAAGAAUCUUGAGUACGUGAAAUAGUCUGAAAGAAAGAUAAAGCAAGUUGUGUGAAGGAGAAGGUGGCGCGUUGUGGAGGUUUUGGAGCAAAUUAGAAUUGAACAUGAGUUUGAAGCCUGGAGGUUAAGUUAAGUUUUCUUUCUUAAACAUGUAUUUAACUCGGAUGUAUCUUUACCUUGAGGCCUGGGGCCUGUGUGUUCUUUAAAAAGAAACAAAUCAGUUUUUUAAGUGAGCAGUUAUAUCUGCUGUUGUGGUCCAAGCAGGCAAAGGACUUCGCUGCCUUGUUGUGAAUACAGAGUGCAGCAAUUAAAUUAAAUGAUACAUUUAAAUACGAUAAAUGUAAGAAAUUGGUUGAUUAAUAAUGAUGUAAGAUUUGUAUGUGUAUGGGUUCAUUUGCAGGACAAAGAUGGUUUUGUACAAGUUAAAUUAAAUCAUUCUUUUUUUAAAAUAUCAA